AUGAAACAGAGCCCCUUACCGACACAGGCCAUGACUCUUCCAAAGGCAUUCGGUGGUUUCAUUUACGGCACAGACGAAUCAGCAUGUGUGGGCAUUCAACCAUGGAGAACAUAUAGGCAAGAUCAAAACUUUUGUGGCUCAAAUGUAAGCACGGGGGAAGAUACACUUAGUGGUGCUCGAGGUGCCUGCUAUGGGAUUGCCUGCGCGUCGCAUGACAAGGGCGUGCUGAAGAGGUGCCCGACGACAUUUGUAUGCGGCGAAAAAUCAUUGUCUAGGUUCUUCGGUCUUGAGGAAAUUCCGAGCAUCUUGCUUGUUGUGCAAGUCAGCAUACACAUUCAGCGGCAUUGUGUCUUCCGAAUCUUUGAUACGACGCGGUAUUCAGAGGUCUUGGGUUUUGCAGUGAUGUUCCAAGUUGCAGGCCGGGGGAAGUCUCGAGGCUAA